GACCGUAGUACAAACACGUGCUGUAAUUCACGUGUAGUAACAAAGAAAACCCGUACGCUGCAUGAUUUCGGAAUGGGGACCGCCUUAGCGGCAGGGCAUUCCGAAAGCGCGAUAGAACGGCUUAGAGCAUUAUAUGUGGUCGGCCGUCGACGUAGAGUUGGUACCAGUCCGAUAUUGAUCAGUUGGCUUGGUACCUACGUGGUGACGGGGCGCGCGCUCGUCGUGCGUUUCCGUAGCCCCUCGGCUUCUAUGUAGGUCACACGUGUAAGCGUUAUCCCCACCAGACCGGCCUUGGCUUACUUUGAACUAAAUGGCAUAUCACCUCCCCUUCUCCUUGGGCACCGCGAAACCGCGGCUCGAGGUUUGAACUGGCGAACCUACUCGCAUACCCGACUCAUGCCUGCAUUCAUUAUUUAAAAUUUUGCAUUGGUCGACGGCGCGGCGUAACGCGCAUGUCCGAGGCGGCUGCGCGGUCCACAUGACGCGGUGUUAACGAUCCAAGUCAGUGUCUACGAGAUCCCGCAGCCCAACGUGGCCCCACCAAAUAAAACUCGCGGCUGAUGAUGAAAACAGCAUUUCGGCCUCGUCGUAUCUAGGACGGCACCCGAAAUAACUAGGGCACGGUAACUGCGCAGCUGCUAACGCAACUCAUAGCUGGCGGAGUCGAGCGGCCAGCCAGCGAGACCCGCGAGCAGCGGCGGCGGCGCCCGGCGGAACGGCGGCGGGGCGAGGGGAGCGGCUCUCUCUACACUGGUCGUGGCGACUGGACUGACUUCGUGAUUCUGAUCGUCCCUGGCUUGGUGCGAGGCCUGACGCGUCGGCGCCAGGAGUGCUAACUUCCCGUGUCCCUGAUCCCUGAGGAGGAAGCUCUCCAGCAUCAUGCAUCGCCUGACAGUGCGACGUCCUCGCUAUUGUAGCCAAUCAUACUUUAACAAACCAAUCUGCCCCUGCGAGAAGGUUACUCCUAAGCCUCUGAAGGCUUACCCGGUGCCUCAACCCUGGGUUACCUUCAACGGGGACGAAGACCAAUCGAUUUACGAGAUCUCAGCCAAGAUGGCGGCAUUGGAAGUAGAAGGAGCUCAACGAGCGAAGAAAGCGAAGAAAGAAGAAUCGGUGGAUGAUGAGGCAAGCUCUGCUGAGAGCGAUGCCAGCAUCGAGUGUGAGGUCGAAGAUAGCAAUGACGAUGACUUUACUGAAUCUGACAGCGAGACCGCUGAGGCUUGCGCGUCCCUGGUCGCGAUACCGGCAGGGGAGGUGGCGUCGGAAGAAAUAUGACUGACGCCGGAUCUCGAGGCCGCUGCUGCCUCGCCGGCCGCCGCUGCCUCGCCCGCCGGUGCCGCGGGGGACAGUUGACUGCCGCGGACCGCGCGGCACCCCGCUGGCGGGCCCGGCCGCGCCGUCACCAGGCCGCCACUGCCCCGCGGUCACUGGGGCCCUCCCAUGCGUCGGCUCGAGCUCAACGAUGCCACUUAUAGAAAAGUAGUGGCGAGCACCGAGAACAUUCUGCGGCGUCUCCUCGUCACCAAGCGAUACGACUCCAUCAGCAACUUCCUAGAUCUGUACGAGGAGUACAAGCGCUCGGGCUGCGGGUCGCUGCGAGAUCUGUACGAGCGGUACGAGGCCACGACGCGGCCGCAAGCAUUGGGGGACACGUGCGUGGGCCUCGCGCUGGAACUGAUGCGCCGCUGGCAGUGCCUGGAGAGUCGCUUCCCCGGUCUGCGCGCCGCCACCUGCCUCAUGUCCUGCGAGGAGACCGUGCCCUACGUCUGCUACGACUUCGAGGUCUGCGCGGGACCCUUUGAUCUCCUCGCCCCCGACAAGGAGCACGUUAUGGUCGGUGUGCACAUCACACUAAACGGCAGGCUUGGUAUUCUGAUCGCAGACCCUGGCUACCACGUGGCAAGAACAGUCACAGUGAUGGUCGACCAGCAGAGCCCCCACACGGGCUGGUUUAAUCAUAUUACGGAGCCGGAACAAAUAAAAGACUAUUCCUACAGUUUUUGUGAGGGUAGUUUGAGCUAUGUCCUCUGGAAAGAAGUCAUCAAUAGAGAAGGAAAAUAUAAAUACACGACUUCGUUGAUUUAUGUUGGUAGGCCUUACUGCGGUGGUAUCACAGUAACAGAGAAAAGAAACCUUGUCUACAAGUUAAAGAGUUUGGUGCAUCGUGCACACAACGGCGUCUCUGUUGCAGGUUUAUAUGUCUUCUUGAGCACACCAUUCAGAGAUGCAAAAAUCAAUUUAUUUUAUUAUAGUAAAAAAGCAAAAAUAAAAAAAAAAUAUAACCUCCGAAAAUUUCAAGAUAUUGCAAGCGUAGAGGAAAACAUUUUGAAAAAAAUUAACAUUUGUAAUUCUCGUUUGGAAUUACCAGACGGGAAAUUACUUACAAUCAUAAACAAGUUGGCAAAAGCGCUAUCAGAUGAAUCAUUUACUAGCCAAUGUAUAGAAAUCAACACGUACAUCAUUCAAUGCAGUAUUUGACAGCGGGAGAAAUUGUGGGCAAAAAUUAACGCUCAACUAAAGGAGCGCUAUUCUGACCAGGCCCACAUACUUCUGAAAGCUGGUCAAACAUAUGGGGCAGAUAAAACAAAAUCGAAGUGUUUACAAAUGCAAAAGUCGGCAGUUCAGCCAAAAACAAAGAUAUCAUGUAGAGAAAAAUCCUCCUUCAUGGCUCUUGAAAUUCUGCCUCAAGAACUGCUGAUCGGAUUGCUUGAAAAAGUAAAUUUCAACUCAAAAGAAGAAAAUCAAAUUGAACCAUUGCAAACACACGACAAUAUCAAUGUUAGUGAAAUAGAUAAUAUUCAAAAUGCAAACGCUUCACGUAAACGGGAUAAAGCGAGUGAUGCUAAAGAUCAGUUGGAAAUGCUGGACGUGCAGGGUAGGGCUGGCCCGUCGAGGAAGCGGGGCAAGCCGAGUUCUGGUGCUCCCACCGAGGAGUCUGAUGGGCAGGCCGCGGCCGGGCCGCCGAGAAAAAGGGGAAAUGAAAAUGUAGCUAACGAGCCCACAGGUGAAGCUGCUACCGGCGAAAGUAAAUCCGAGUCACAGAAAUGUUCCAAGGGUCAACAAGCUAUGUUAGAAGUUGAAGCCCUCCCUCAAAAUAUAUUUGAAGCUAUGCUUGCUAAACUCAAAAUUAAACAAAAAAUAUAUGUUGCCAAGAAAAAUAAAGAGCAGGGCGAAGCCAGUUUUUCACAACUCAGUAACCUAAGAUUUGAGGGAACAAAACGGGGAGUUUCGAUUUUGUAUAAUAUAGAUACGAUAAUGGAAUAUCAGGGUGUUUUUCCUCCUAGGAAGCAAUUUAUAAUAGACAUUGAAGAAUUGCCUAAAUGUGUAUUUGAUUCCUUAUUUACUAGAUCUGACCCUUCAGACAAAGAGGCCGGACCUUCGAGCGAUGCGAGUAGGAAGACUUGCGAAGAACAGGAGAGUGAUGAGGCUGAACAAAAGGAGCUUGUAUCGAGUGAAGAACAAGGAGAGGUGGAGGCCAGCUGUGAACGGCCCACGGAGAGAGUCGCCAUUGUAGAAGUUGAGGCUCUCCCAGCAGACCUGAACGAGAAAAUGGUCGCCAAGGUCAAGAUUCAGUUUGCGUGUCCGGAGGUUGAAGUUCCUAUAUUUCAAAUAGAAGAUUUGGCGAAGGUUCCUAUCGAGGGUGCGUUUGAUAAGCCAGGAUAAGUAGGGUGUCAAAUUAUUUUAUCUAUGUAAAAUUUAUUGUAUAAAUAAAAUGUUAUUUUUAUGUAAGUUUGUACCAGCCUAGGUGGUGAACAUAAUUUGAGCCGCUUUUGGGCAAUUUAAUAAAAUAAAGUAGGGCACGACUGCUACAAAAAAGACUAGGUCGAUUAACUAAACACAAUGUAGGUGCCACUCACGUAGGUACGGGCCUCGCUAGGGAAUUGUACGGAGAUAAUCUAGUGCACGUCCAAUCAAAUUAUGUAGUUGGUGAUUCGGGAUGGCAGUGUGUCCGGCUACCAACGUGAUCUGGGUCGCGCGGCGCGUCCUACUGCCAAACGCACACAUGCAAGCAUAUCUACCGGCACGCACACUAGCGCACACGCCGUCCGCGGCCUCGUCACUAACUCAGCCGAAAAACUCGCGCAUGCGCUCACAACACACACAUACAAUUUAACAUUCUGCUAUCGUAGGAGCAGACAGUAAUUAGAUCACAUCAAAAACACACGGAUUAAAAAAAAUAUCGUAGAACAUGUCAUGCCCAAAAAAAAAUCUUUGAUUGAAUACGUAGGUACCUAUAUUUUGCAGUCUUAACUUAAAUGAAAGAACAAAUGAAUUAAACUCUUUGUAUUUAUUUGUAUAAAAAGUUCUUUUUUAAAGGCUGGUACUAACUCUUAUACCUACUUAUAUUGUGUAGGUUUGUGUGUAAGUUCGUCUGAUUCUCUGAUCUGAUUGGGUCGUCUCAAAUACUAGAGGCGCCAAAUAUGUAUGAUCUAUUAUAUAUUAUGAAUCUAUUAUAUAUUAUGAAUAUUGAUAGAUACACAGUCAUCAUCAUCAUCCUACCACUUGCUUGGAGGAUGCUUUCCAUCAUCACCCUCCAAGCAAGUGGUAGGAUGAUGAUGAUGAUGAUGAUAGAGUCAAUGUUUUAUGAUUAUAUUCGGUGUUAAUCAAAUCUGCUUAAUCAUGAUGAUAAUAAUAUAAUUAUAUGUACCUAUAAAGGAUGUCAAUUACCAAAAUUUGUAGGUAAUUGAAUUAUCGUAGGGAAUAGGUAUUUCUUUUAAAACAGAAAUGUAAAAAAUACCAAAAACAAUAUUUUUGUCCUUGUAAGUAGUGGUUUCCGUGGAUUUCUGUAUUUAUAUCAACAUUGAAUGUUAUUUAGGUAAAUACUGAUUCUUUAAACAUGUAUUAAAUAUAUAAGUCUUGCAUUUAUCACUUUAACGCUUUUAAAAUGAUGGCAGUCUAAAGCUAAUAGGUAGCUAUUUUACUAUAUAUUUUGUUUUGUUUAAACUACAAACUUCUUUGUAAGAUUAUGAACCAAAAAUGAAAUUUCAAUGCUUUACUAAAUCAUAAGUUAGGUUCAAAACUAUGUUUAUUUACCUAUAUAUUUCGCGUUUAACUUUGCAUUUUCAAGUAAACCAUUUGAUGCCUCGUUGAUAGGCGCAAUUGUGUUUGGUUAAAAGAAGCCACCUUUGGACAAGCAGAGCUUCUCGACAACAUCUGUACGAACUUCAGGAAUGCAAAGUUAAUUGACGCGAAAUGCACCAAUUUUACUUAAAUGUCUAUUCGCUAUUAGCAUUUAUUGUUAGGUUAAGAAACAUACGAGGGCAAAAGACUUUUAAAAAAAUACUUGAGACUGAUCGGACUGACAUUCCUGGGUUUGACAAGAUGGUGAUAGGACGAAAAAGUCCAUAAAAUAGAGAGGGGAAAAAUGUGAAAUUUUUAAACUAUUUUGAAUGUCUAGUAACUAACGUAGGUAGGUUUUAUGCGUAUUACGCAAAUGGUCUUAAUAUCGAAUAUCGUUGUUCAAUUAGAUCUAUUCAUUGUGCAAGUCAUUUAUGGGAUAUUUUUCGCUAAAAUAAACGAGUAUUAAUUUUCCCACAUAAAUAUGUAGGUAAGUCCCUUUCAUCCACUUAAAACGCACAGAUUAUAUACAAUAGUUAGUUAAAACUAAGUAAAUUCAGUCCAAAGAAGCAUUUCAGUGAAAAUAUCUCAUAAAUGCUUUUCUAUGUCUACAUAUUCAAUGGAACAUAAGUGUAUGAUGAUGUAAUCAAUUUUAAAUCUGAAUGUUAGGUUAAGCUGAUAUAAUUGUAUUACAGUAGGUAAAAUAUUCACAUUUCGGCUUAAACCAUGUGUUCAAAAACUAUGUAGUAGGGUACAUUGACACUUACAAUACAUUUUACUGUUUAUAAACUCGUCAAAUACCUACUCAUAUUUAAACAGGCUAACUGAUUGUGAAGUUUUAUGUAAAGCUCGAAAUCUUGAUUAAGUCUACAGAUACAGUUGAGAACUUAGCCAUACUUAUGUUAAUCUGAAAUAUCGAAGCCACAACGAAUGUUUUAACUAUUAUUUUGAUCUUUUUAUCAAAGUAUCGCAACAAUUUUAAGUCAUAGACUAGUUUGCAAUCUAUUUACAAAAGCCUAAAUGUUUCGAUUUUAUUUCGCAGUAAACAAUGCAAAGACCAUCGUUUUGGAAAUCUGUACGAUCAAGGUGCUGUUAAAAUUAUUGUGAAUAAACACUUUGGAUCUACAAUAACUUUGUGAAAAUAUUUAUACUUGUAGGUAAAUAAAAAUUUGGAGAAAUUUUCGGCCAAAAAAUCUUGAUACUUAUACAAAAUUGUAAGGUAGGUAUUACAUAAUAAAUUCACCCUACAAUGUACUUGUAUAGACUGUCUAAUGUAUGUAUCGACAAAAUCUUGGAAACUUGCUAAUUAUGUCUACAUUUACCGAAUUAUAUAAAAAUAGCGAAUCUCUCGUGAGAUAAUUUUUCUCAAAAAUUAUGUGUAGAGUUAUAAACUGUAAUAUCAUGACUGUUGAAUUUUCUCUGCUGUAUUAAUAUUAAAUGAAUGCAUAUGAAAAA